AUGGAUAAUCUAUGGAGUCGCCGUGCCAACUCGAGCAAGCUCUCUCUCUCCACAUCCGGGUCCGGACAGGACAGCCCUUCGGGACGCAACUCUUCCUUCAAGCGAUUCGGCGGUGACAGCUCAACGCUCGGAAAGACCUCCUUCGGCCCUAUAACACCGGGCGGCAGCCUGGUGUCUCCCAUUGGCGGGGCAUCAAGCGCCUUCGGCCUAGGCUCAGGCGCCUUUGCGUCGUUCGGCUCCGCCAAGACACCCAAGUCGCCGGGGAAUCCGUUCGAGUCGGCCCUUGGGGCUGCCGCAAAGACUCCAACUGGCGAGAAAUCGGCAAAGGAAGGAGGCUUAGGCAGCAAAACGAUCAGCAAGCCGGGUUCCAGUGCGUCCUUAAACGACGCGGGGAAGGCAGCUGGUCAGUCAACGGCCGGACCGGCUUCACCAUCAAGCCACCAGCUGCGCAACAGCUGGGUGUUUUGGUUCCGGCCGCCCAUCUCCAAGGCCAACGGGUUCAUCGAGUACGAGAAGACGCUCCAUCCGAUCGCCACGGUCGAGACGGUCGAGCACUUCUUUAGGGUGUAUCAGCACCUCAAGCGGCCGUCAACCCUGCCGCUGGUGUCGGACUACCACCUCUUCAAGAAGGGUAUCCGUCCGAUAUGGGAGGACGAAGAGAACAAGAACGGGGGGAAGUGGGUGGUGCGCCUGAGAAAGGGCGUUGCCGACCGAUACUGGGAGGACCUGCUGUUUGCCAUCAUUGGCGACCAGUUCGGCGAGGCCAGCGAUGAGGUGUGUGGGGCGGUCCUCAGUGUCCGCAACGGCGAGGACAUUCUCAGCAUCUGGGCUCGAGCGAACGGGCAGCGGGUCCUCAAGAUCCGUGAAACGAUGCGAAGGAUCUUGUCCUUCCCGCCGGACACAAAGCUCGAGUGGAAGAGCCAUGACUCGAGUAUCCAGCAGCGAACAGCGAUCGAGGAGUCGCGGCGAGAGAAGGCGAAUAAUCAUCACCAUGGCGACAAGCGGUCAUCUAGCAAGCAGCAGCAGCCAUCGCAGCAGCAACAGCCGGCGGACGACCUGAGACACCCGAGCAGCUCGUGA